CGACUACUGUUUCCCAUGGACACCGUGCGAAAGCGAGGCGGCUGGUGUGUUUCCGCUUACCUCACACUGAGAAGAACGAAACCGGUUAGCUUUUGGGACAAAGCGAAGGAAACGAUAAAUACCAUACAAAAAUAAGCCAUUUCGCACUUAACCUAACAUUUGGAGAAUAGUCUGUCUAUUUGAAUGAUUUGAGUCCAUGUCCCGACAGUGAGAACGAAGAGGAGGGCUUGAAGGCAUUUAGGCUUUUCGUUGGUUGAACCUCAGCGGACUGUAGAGCUGGUAUCCAGGGGAAAGAUGAGCGAUGGAAUGGUAUUGUGUGAGACGAGAGCCCUGGCUUCAUCUCCAGUCCACAGACUGGCUACGUCUGUACUCCUCCUCCUCCUCGCCCUGCUCCCCCACGGACACGCAUCAGGAUGUCCUCGACCGGUGGCCGUGGUGCACGGGGAGCUGGUGAACCAGACGGAGGCGAACCGAGGCUCCUUCCCCCCUGGUACCCUGCUGUCCUAUGGCUGUGAGCCGGGCUACGCCCCCGAUGGACCCACCUCCAUCACCUGUACCACCGCUGGGACAUGGACCCGCCUGCCUCUACGCUGCAUCAACACUAAUGUGUGCCCCCCUCCCACGGAGCCAGAGAACGGAGGGUACAGGUGCCACCCGUCCCCCUGCCACCGCCUCACCCAGAAGACCGUGAUAGAGUACUUCUGUGACGAGGGCUACACUCUGAAGGGGGACCUCAAGUUCCUGACCUGUCAGAAUGGGGAGUGGGACGUACCCAUGCAGAUCACCUGCCGCCUCAGCCCAGAUAAGGAGCCGCGGUCUCCGUUGGCGAUGCCGACUCUGUCCAUCGUAGCGUCCACAGCCUCCUCUGUGGCCCUCCUGCUGCUGCUGGUGGUGCUGUUUGUGCUGCUGCAGCCCAAACUCAAGUCCUUCCACCACAGCAGGCGUGAGCAGGGUGUCUCAGGCCAGCCAGCCUCUAUCGUGGUGGAAGGGGUCCAGGUGGCCCUCCCCUCCUAUGAGGAGGCAGUGUACGGCAGCGGCGCCUCUCUCCCCCCACCUCAAGAGUCCCGGGUUCAGAUCGUCCUGUCUGAGGGCCCCCAGGGGGCCGAGGGCGGAGCAGAGGGACCGGGUCCCAGCAGUAGGUCCCAGUCCCACCAUCACAGAGACAGAGCGAGAGAUACAGAGCUGUGCCUCCCCUCCUCCUCUUCCUCAUUUCCUUCAUACUGCCGUCACGCAGAGACAGUACUAGUCCACCAGGCCUCCUCUUCGUCGUCGUGGGUUACGGCACACGGAGGGGGUGCCCUUGCCAGACGUAGAGACUCAGAGAACAGUGACCAGCACAGCCUGCUUUCUGUCACCUCCGUAGACGACUUCUCUGAUGAUAUCCCCCUGUUAAAGGAAACCUGAAGCCCCUACAGCUGAGCAGGAAACUAAGGCUUCUACUGGGGCUUUCUAGCUGAACGAUACCACCCUACCUUAUGUCUGAACCACAGAACUACAGAAUUACCCCGCGCAGCAAAUACAGGAAUCAUGUCAAAGAAACUCAACUUCCCUCCCCCUCUACAUCUGCAACUUCUCAGACGGCGCAAAGACGAGCAGAGUCCACUUCACCCCCAUUUAUUAUCACCCACAGAACUUAUACUGGACAAACCAUGUCCACCCCCAGUAUCCUCUACCCAUGUCCUGGCUACCCCUUCUGCCAUGAUCUCAAAACUACUACCCGUGUGGAGAAAAGACGAGACUACCCUCUUUCUUUCUUACUGGGAACUGACGAGCCCUUAAUUCCUCCUGUCCCCUUCAAUUUUAGAAUGGACCUCAACACAGACAGACAGACAGACAGACAUACCUAGCUGCUUGACCCCAAUCAUCCACACUUCCCUCUAGACAUAACUUCCUGACCCCAAUCAUCCACACUUCCCUCUGGACCUAACUUCCUGACCCCAAUCAUCCACACUUCCCUUUAGGCCUAACUUCCUGACCCCAAUCAUCCACACUUCCCUCUAGGCCUAACUUCCUGACCCCAAUCAUCCACACUUCCCUCUAGGCCUAACUUCCUGACCCCAAUCAUCCACACUUCCCUCUAGGCCUAACUUCCUGACCCCAAUCAUCCACACACUUCCCUCUAGGCCUAACUUCCUGACCCCAAUCAUCCACACUUCCCUCUAGGCCUAACUUCCUGACCCCAAUCAUCCACACUUCCCUCUAGGCCUAACUUCCUGACCCCAAUCAUCCACACUUCCCUCUAGGCCUAACUUCCUGACCCCAAUCAUCCACACUUCCCUCUAGGCCUAACUUCCUGACCCCAAUCAUCCACACUUCCCUCUGGACCUAACUUCCUGACCCCAGUCAUCCACACUUCCCUCUGGACCUAACUUCCUGACCCCAGUCAUCCACACUUCCCUCUGGACCUAACUUCCUGACCCCAAUCAUCCACACUUCCCUCUAGGCCUAACUUCCUGACCCCAAUCAUCCACACUUCCCUCUGGACCUAACUUCCUGACCCCAAUCAUCCACACUUCCCUUUAGGUCUAACUUCCUGACCCCAAUCAUCCACACUUCCAAACACUUUAUCUCAAACCACAAGGCUAGUAGCUAACAUAAUAAUGUUUUUAUCGCUGCUGAUGAUGAAGAUGAUGAUGAAGAUGACUGUGGAUACAGACUUGUGCUUGUGCAUCUCCCUACUCUUAAUGGGGAUAAGGAGCAUCUCUCUUCAGUGAGGACUAUCUUGGUUUGGGCCUUGGCCUGGUUCGCUGGCGUUAUGUCUGGUGAUGAAUCGACGACAUCCUGCGGGGGGGGUAGCACGCCGGGGCCCUGUCUGUCCACUCUGUAUGAAGCCCCUCUUCUUUUCUCUGCUGUCACUCUCUGGCGUCUUCUUGGGUCAGCCAGCGCCACUUUCGUCUGAGGGGACCCGGAGUGACGCCGUCUGUCAGAAGACGAUGCACGUAGGAUGGAUGGAUGGAGGGAGGGAGCACAUCACCAGACCAAGCACCUGCAGGGCUACAGACAGACACUAUCACUCUAUCAUGAAAAAAAAUAAGAUUAAUGACACGCUUGCCUUUUCGUCACAACAACCGAUAUCUGUGUUGUUAGUCACAUCAACAGGGGAGCCCAUCUGCUCCCUGUUGGUGUGACUAUAUGUGGGGUUUUGUUUGGGAGGCAUCCAUAUAUUUUUGACACCUGGCUGUGAUAUUGAACAGCACACGACUGUUUCAUGAGUGGAGAGGGCUGCACUAUAUUGUUAAAUUAACUAAGGCCUUGUUGUUGUUUUUACACGAUGAAAACAUGUUUGUUUGGUGACUGGACAUUAGGUCACACAUUUCUUUUUCCAAUCUAUUUAUAUUGUGUGGCUGUAAAGUUGGGUUCACUCGAGGUGUCUGUCACUUGGUCCUGAUGUGCUAAAUGUGCGUAUGCGUGUGUGAGAGAGAACGAGAAAGUGUUUGUGUGUGUGUCUAUUUUUGCCUCUGUGUACGUCAGUUAGGCGAGAGAGAAAGGACAUGUCCAUAGAAUGGGUACACCAGAAAUAUUACCCAGGAUUCCCCGCCCUUAGUUAGAAAUGGCUUCACUCAGCUACCCUAGUUCAAAAUGGCUUCCCUCUUUUCCUGCUUUUUACAACGGUCAGAAGAACAAACAGUCAUUACUGUAAGAAUACAGUACAUCAUGUAUAUUUAAAUGUUCAAGGACUAAAAUGUCCUCCAUUUUCUGCAGAGUUGCUUCAGAAUAACCUUGUAGAUCUGCGACUUUAAAAAAAAAAGCUUAAAACUGAAAAACCUUGCUCAAAACCCGGAGCAUUGACACAACUGCAACUGGUUGCAGGAAACGACAGUUAUCUUUUGUUGUAAAUGUCCAGUUCAAAUUUAAGUGAGCAGUUUUAAUGUACCUUUUGAUGACAAAAAAACACUCGUAUACUUUGAGUUGAGGUAAUUAUCCUAGCUCAUUAAGGAGGUUGAGUUGAGGUAAUCAUCCUAGCUCAUUAAGGUUGAGGAGACACGGUCUGAGUCGAGGCUUUUUGGAAAAGUUGUUUCACUUAAAUGUUUUUAUUUUUAUGUUUUGUUUAUUUUGUCGGUCUUUCCCCCUGUCAUUGUCUUCAUAAACGCAAACAGAGAACGUUGCCUUAGACCUGGUACAUUUUAUUACUUUAUUUUGUUUCUACUUGUAUCGUAGGUUUCCAUCCAUCUUUACAUCUUUAUUGAAGCGUCUGUGUUUCCCAAUGGCCUUACUUUUUUUGUAUUUUCUAGUCAUACAACUGUCUUGUGUUUUAAGUUUUUGUUUUUGGACUUGACUAAAGAAAGUCCAUCCUUCUCUUCUCUCUGUUCACCCCAAGGCUUCUUCAGCAACUGUGAUUUUUCAAAAGCCUAAGCACAUGAAACAAAUCACCUUUCUUUCUUUCUUUCUUUAAAUGUCUAUCAGACAUUUUAAAUGUUGCAUGUUAAGGGAGUAUUUUGUUUGCGUCCAGACCACCGUUGUACAGUGGUUGUUUCCUCAUUUCUCUUUGAUUCUGCAUUUCAAUGCUUUCAUGUGUUCUUUUUCUCCUCUGUACAUUGCAAUGGGUUGUGAAGAUCGUAUUUUAAUAUUUGUAUAAAGUUUAAUUUAAUUCUACCGUGUGUAUGUAACUAUUUCUGAUUAAAGCUUUUUUUGAAAACGUG